AUCAGAUGGAGCGCACGUCUCCGGUCCCCAGAAAAAAAGUAAAGUAACAAGUAAAAACUAGUGCUGUGUCCAGUUUCGUGAUUCCAGAACAGAACAGACGAAAUCGGGGAAAUGUAAAUAAACCCAGGCAGAAACUGUCGAAAUCCGAAGGCUCAGCAAAACAGUGUGGGCAAAAGUGCGAUCACCGGUCGGCAACUUUUCAUUUUGUUUUCAGUUGUGCGGAAAUGUUUUUAUUUUUUUGGGUUUUUUAAGCUUGAUUUCUUGUAAAACCUUUAAGUGUCAUACGUAUAUACACAAUCUAUACUCUCUGCAUGUCGGCUGCUAAUUAUUUGGCAAACAAACACGUCUAAGUGCGAAAGUUAUUUCUAAAACAGCAACACCGCCACAAGGUGCAGUUAAGAAGCACUUGCCGUUGUCAUGCCUCAUCACCACCAUCAUCAGCCGACGAGCAGCCAAAACAAUUUGACGUUUCUAAAAUCGAAUUACAAAUUCAAGCGCAGAGACAUGAACACGAUCCGCGCACUUCCUGCGUCGAUGUCGGAAGCGCGUACGGCGAACCAAUUAGCGGCAACAAUGUCAAAGACGUCAGCAAGAGCAACUAGCCGCGAAUGUAGAACAAUUCUAGGUUUAUUUAUAGUAAGCGCAUGGAGCGCUUUGCAAGAGUUGGUCAAUUGCUGCUGGCAGGAUGGCGAUCGCUGUGUUUUCCCUGGCCGUGACGUCAAUGCGUUGCCUGAUGGCUCUGACGAGGUGUCAAUGGCACGUGAACAACACCAGCAACAACAGCAAAAGCAGCAAUACAAGCAACACAAGCAGCAGCAGCAGCAGCAACAUCAGAAGCAGCAACCCGAACACUUGGCCAGUUCUAGUCCAAUAAAAAGCAAGCGCUGCACGAGAGCAUCUUCUGGCCAUCAGUUGCUGGUUGGACAGCCUUUGAUGGCUCUGUUAAUUGGAUUGCUGCUACUGAAUUUUCGCCUGGCGGCGGCUGGCACCUGUUGGCAGAACCACCUGGGGAGUGGAAAGUGCGGCCAGGUCUUCUCGACGAACAUCUCGAGGUCGGAGUGCUGUGGCGCCAGCCAAAGUUUCUCCUACACGGAUCGCGAGCUGAGCAGCGUGGAGUACUUCUUUGCGACGGCCAUCGGCGGAGGAGUGGAGUGCUCGCCCUGCAUGGAGAGCUGCAAGGGCUUCAAGUGCGGCCCCAACAAGAAGUGCGUGAAGCGCAAGGGGCGACCGAAAUGCGUUUGUGCCCCCGAAUGCGGAGCAGCGUUGCGUCGCAGGACGCAGGAGCAGCAGGACACGAAGCCAGCCCGCGAUUCCCGUAGUCUAAGUAGCGAAAAUUCCAGCUCCAGCUUCAGCUCCACUUCCAGCUUCAACUCCAAUUUAGGCUUAGACGGCGGCCAACGCCAACGUGCCGACAACCAAAGAAAGCUGCCUCCCCGCGAGACGAAGCACCGCAGACUGCUGGUCAUAGACAGCGGCAAUUUGCCAGAUCAGCCCACGAGCGGCCGGCGCGGAAGAGUCGAGAUGCGGGGCUUCGAGAGGCGGAGGCACAGAAACAGCCGGGGCAAACACUUAACAAGAUCAAUGACGACAGGAGCCAAUGACUCGUCCCCGGCAGACAAGACGCCUGCGCAGUGGCAGUUGAAGCCGCAGUUGCAGUCGCAGUCGCAGUCGCCUGCCACAGACUCAAUCUCGGCUCAGUCUAGACUUGGCAACUCGGCAAAUGCUAAUGAACCCGCCAACGACAUUAAUAGGCAGUCGACAAGAGUCAGACACCACCACGCGAGACGCAUCGAGCACGCUCCACAUCCAGACAAUGGGCUCCAGGAUCGGCUGGGAUUGGAUGCAGAAGCCCAGGCGGCUGCGAAUACCACAGUGUCUGGGUCUGGGUCGCCGCACGACCGCCGCAUCUUCCAGCUGCAACGCGGAAGCGAAACGACCGCGUCAUCGGACCUCGCUAAUGCCCAUGACUCGGCUCUUCUGGGCGGAAUCGGAGUCUACGAGCUGCAGCACUCGAAUCCGGUUUGCGGCACCGACGGACGCACCUACAAAACCGAGUGCCAGCUGCGCAAGCGCGCCUGCCGGACGAACAACGCCCAACUGGAGGUCGCCUAUCGGGGCCACUGCAAGAACAGCUGCAGCGGAGUCCAGUGCUUGAACGGGUUGACCUGCGUGGAGGACCAGUACAUGAUGCCGCACUGCAUCCAGUGCAAAAUCGAGUGUCCCUGGGACAACCAGGACCUGGGCUCCAGUGGCUACGACGAACGACAGGCGGUGUGCGGAGUGGACGGGAAGACGUACAGGAGCGCUUGUGAUAUAAACCGGAUGAUUUGCCAAAUUGGACGGUCCAUCGCCGUGGCGUAUCCGGGUCCCUGCCGAGGUAUGUAUUUUGGCUGCCGACUGCGAAAAUCAAUCAAAUUAAUUGGUAUGGAAGGCCUAGUUGCACUCGGCAAUUGCGAGUUGUUGCUGCAACUGCCACUACUGCUGCUGCAACUGCUGCUGAUGUUGCUGUUGCUGAGUAGCGGCUGUGCGAAUUUAACAACAAUCAACAAAGAACCGCAAUUUUGCAUUUGAUUGACUCGACUGGGGUUUCCAGCCAGCCCCAGUUGGGCUGAGCUGGGGCGAAUCGAAUCGCGUCACAGCCACAAGUGGUUGUUGCCGUCUGCAACUGCAACUGCCAUAUCAAGUUGCCGGCUCUCUCGGUGUUUGACUGAAAUUGCUACAUUUGCUUAUACGGCUCUGUGAUUGCCAGCAAUUUGAUUAGCCCGACAGCUCCGAUCUGCUCCACUUUGGCCGCGAGUCGGGUACGCGGCGCAUCCACAAUUACAGCGAACACUCGCGUCGUCGGCAUCAUUCAUGCUUAUUAAUUCUGCGGUUGCCAUCCGAUUGAUCGACUCCGAUUUCCAAUUAAUUAUAAUGCCCCAAGUCGGCCCACGACAGAGACAGCACUGCAAAAAAGUCAUUCAAAUCUGUUCAGAGAUGGGAAUCGCAUUUCAAAGGGUUUUCGUCAUCUAACAUAGGAUAUUUGGAUAUGGGGUAUUCAUCUCUAAAAUAGACGCAGUCGAAAUCUAAAAGAAACGAACUUAUAGACCGAGUUCGAAAAAUGGUCAAAAGUAGGAAUAAAUUUGUAUGCUAAACAUUAAUCAUUAAUUUUUAUAAUCAUUAUAUAAUUUUGUGAAAAGCUCAUGCGAUUCAUAGUAAGUUCCUCUUCAGCUUACACCUAAAAUUCAUUUAACCUCAGUCAAAAUCUAAAAAAAGAACUUACAGACCCGAGAUCGAAAAAAGGUCAAAAAUAGGAUUAAAUUUUUUCUGCUAAACAUUAAUCAUAAAUCUUUAUAAUCGUUAUAUAAUUUUGUGAAAGACUCAUGCAAUUCAUAGUAAGUUCUUCUUCAGCUUACAGCUAAAAUUCAUUUUACCUCAGUCAAAAUCUUAAGUAAACAAAAGUAUAGACCCGAUAUCGAAAAAAGAUCAAAAGUAUAUGCUAAAAAAUCAUAUUAUAGUCAUAAUACAACUUUGUGAAAGGCUCAUGCAACUCAUAGUUAGAUCCUUUUCAGCUGACACCUAAAAUUUAUUUAACCUCAGUCAAAAUCUAAAGUAAACGAACAUUUAGACCCGAUAUCGAAAAAAGAUAAAAAUCAUAUUAUAAUCAUAAUAUAACUUUGUGAAAGGCUCAUGCAGUUCAUAGUUAAUUAUUACACGUCAUCAGCUUACACCUAAAAUUCAUUUAACCUCAGUAAAUUAUGACAGCAUAAUUAUUUAAUGGCUUCUGAAAAACACUAAACAUAAAAAUUAAAAUUUCGUAGUAAAAGAAUACAUUUGACCUGUAUAGCCUUUUCAUUUGUUUCGUCUUGAGACAAUGUCCGGGAUAAAAUAAUUGAUUUUGUGAGUAAUCAUUCAUUAUUGUAACAUCAUUUUAAUGAAUUUGUAUCAUAUCUGAAAAAAUAACUUCUUACCUACAAACUGGUUAGCCAUUUGUAUUAUUAUUAUUUCCUUCUCAUAUUUAAAAACAGUAAUGGGCUUCGUAUACUUAUAAAAACCCUAGAAUCGGUCAUAUUUUUCUGCCUGUGUGGCAAUCACCGCUGCUGGAAAGCGUGGAGGGCGUUCCGCAGUCGCACCAAAUCCGGAGACGAACUCGAGAACCUCGGAUCCGAUAGGAUAGGCGACCGAGACGGACGGAACAAACUAGUUUAGUGUGCCAUGGGGGCUGAAGACAAAAGAAGGCUGUCGUGCUGCAAUUGCCUGUUAAUUGCAGUAUUUUGCUGCAAAUUACUGCUUGUAGUUAAUGCGAAAACAAAAGCUGUCAAUCCAGCAAUAACAGCAGCUGCUGUUGACAAAAAUGCCCCAGCGGAUAUUC